AUGCACGCUGCGGCACUCGUCGCCCUUGCCUUCGGGGCGGCCGGCUCUCUGGGGCACGGACAACCAUACUCGCGGCGCAUGUUGGACAGCAUCAAGUUGCGACAACAGGGUGUCAUAUCCUCCGGCGCGGCGUCCAGCACGCUCGAAAAUGGCAUUCUCGCGCUGGCCAUGCAAGAGACUGCCACUCAGUACCGCGACUCCCCGUGCCAGGAGAGCGACAAAGAGUAUCUCGUCAGGGUGCUCGACAGCGCAUCACGGCCGUACACAAAUGCCACCUGGGCUGCGGGCCGCCCACUCGAUCGCUUUUCCCUGGCAACCGGCAUCGAGCGUGCCGUGUCGUCCGGCUUGUCUGUCACGCCGGCCUCGACGACGGCGUACGAAGCCAUCAACACAUCUCUCGCCUUGCAGCGGCGCAACCCCGAUGGAGGCUUCUGGUAUUACGUCUACACCGAAUGGAGCUACCUCGACGGCAUGGUCUCUCUACUACCAUUCAUGGCCAGCGCCACGCGCCCCAACGAGACGGACAUGCAACUCCAAGUAACUCUGCUGGAGGCGCACUGCAGGCGACCGGACAAUGCCCUGCUCGCUCACGGGUACGACUGGUCGCGGAAGGCGGUCUGGGCCAACAACGUCACGGGCUCAAGUCCGUAUGUUUGGGGCCGAUCGCUGGGCUGGUUCCUCGCUGGUAUGGUGCAGACAUACGAGCGCUACGACUGCUGCAGGUCGGGCGAGCCGCACCGCCCGCUCUGCAGCCAGAUCCGCAACAUCACUGUCCAGAUUGUGGAUUCGCUCGUCGAGUACGCCGACAAGGAGACGGGCGCGUGGUGGCAACUGCCCAUGUUUCCCGGGCGCGCCGGCAACUACCUCGAGAGCUCCAGCACAGUCCUCUUUAUCUUUUCCAUCCUCAAGGCGCUGAGGCUAGACAUCCUUAGUGACCGUUCGCACCACCUGCAAAGCGUUGCGGUCAAGGCGUACAAUUACGCGACGAACGCGUUCGUCACGGACGUGGGCAAGGGAAACGGCACCAUUGGGUUCGACAAGACGGUGGCGGUUUGCAGCCUCAACUCGACAGCGACGUAUGAGUACUAUACAUCGCAGCCGAUUGUGCCCAACAGUUUACUCGGGGAAUCGGCUUUCAUUUUGGCUUCGUUGGAGGUUGAGCGUCUGGACAGGCACGGACAUUCGCCAUAG